AUGGCAGACCAGCAGCAGCCAGUGCCAGUCGUUUCGCCUUUCGACAGAAAAGUUGCCAGGUAUUAUGGUCCGUCUCGAAACCCAAAAGACAUGACCGUGCGUGAGUUCAUUGAAGAGAUGAGAGCAGUGUUCAGGUUGUGUCGUGUCGAUGAUAAUCUGAGAGGGGCACUGGUCAUGCGCCAGCUUGGUGGAGUUGCAAAGAGGGAAAUGAUGCAACUAGAUGCAGCAGUCAGAGACGAUGUUGAUCAGCUUUUUGCUCAGCUCUUGAACAGCUUUGACGAUAAGACCAGUCAUGGCGAUUUCCUGAGUUACUUCUAUGCCAGGGAACAGAAGCGGGGUGAGUCUAUUAGGGAUUUCGCUCUUGCUGUGCAGGAACUGCUCACCAAGGCAGCUGACAGAGCUCCGGCCGCAGCGCCCCUCGCUAACAGAGAGAACAUGUUGAGGGAUAGGUUGAUUGAUGGGUUAAGAGACGACGCUGUUAGGAGGCAACUUAAAAGAGAGAUCAGGCUGAAUCCGGCCAUAACCUACAUGCAAGCGAAGGAGGCUGCCAUGCAGCUCACAGGGGAGUGGGAAGCAGGCAAGAAAGCCCUCCCCGAGGAAGGCACCGUCCGGCUCCAAGCCGCGAAUGAUCAGAUUUGGGAUGAAAUGGGUGCCUCUUCAGGCCCCGCAUCUAGGCUAGAGGACCUUUUGCUCAAUGUGCAAAGGUCGUUAGACCAGCUGAGUGUUGAACACCAAAACCGGAACAGCAAGAAAUCGGACAGUCGUCGUUGCUUCAACUGCCAAAAAGUUGGGCACAUUGCCAAAGACUGUAGGGGGGCUCCUCAGAGUUCUACUUGGACCGGGAAGUGUUUCAGAUGUGGCCGUAAGGGUCACACUUGGCGGAAAUGUAAAGCCAAAGUGACAAGUCCGCAAGGUGUUUCCACCACGCCCCCGGCCCCAAACUAG